AUGCGCCCAAAGGUCUCAAUUGCUCAGCUAGCUCGCCAUGGAGGCCUUUCGCUGGCCGAGUUGCCUCCUCCCUUCCUUGCUCCCGCUCUUUAUGCCCCAAUAAUAACACUCUCACAAUCAUCCAAAUUCUCAACCUCUCACUCCUUUCAAGACCGGAAUAAACAGCGUGGGGUCUCUGUUAUCCACCGAAGUGGGCUUAAGCAUCGAUUGUCCGCGUCCAAGUUCCCAUUGCCAGUGCCUGAGCACCCAGAGAGGCGUGAGGCGCGAGAUGUCAACCCGAACCACGGCCUUUGGGGGUUCUUCCUCCCAAACAAGGAGGUAUUUCCCACCCCAGAGCAGGAGUACUCGCAUGGCCGAUCUUGGACCGUUCAGGAAUUACGCCAGAAAUCAUGGGACGACCUGCACUGUCUCUGGUGGGUGUGCGUUAAGGAACGCAACCGAAUUGCUACAUCCAAUUAUGAAAGAGAGCGACUAAAAGCCGGAUAUGGCGAAUACGAAGCCGGAAACCGAGACAAGACGGUCAUGGUUACACAGAACAACAUCAAGCAUGUUCUGCGAGAGCGAUGGAACGCCUGGUCUGAGGCGCGUGAGCUGUACAAUGACGGCUAUCGACCCGAGCAGGACGAGCUCCUAGAAACCGCUGAGUUACAGGAAGAUGCAAUGCCCGAAGAGGUACCGGUAGAGGACAUCAAGGCCGAGCAAGCAAAGGCUAGAUCCCAAACCACUGCAUGA